CUCCAACUGCAUCACUGGAUCCCCCCACAGAGAUCCUGGAGGGCAGUUCAGUGACUCUGACCUGCAGCAGUGAUGCUAACCCAGCAGCUAACUACACCUGGUUCAAGGAGACAAAUUCAAAUGUUAAAAUGAUCUCUGGAGGUCCACAGUUUGUCUUCAGUUCCAUCCAUUCCACAGAUUCUGGAGAUUAUUUCUGUGAAGUUGAGAACCAGCUGGGUUUAAAAAGAUCUUACCUUAAACUGGAGGUGAAAUAUGCUCCAAAGAACAUCUCUGUCUCUGUGAAUCCUCCUGAGAUCCUGGAGGGCAGUUCAGUGACUCUGACCUGCAGCAGUGAUGCUAACCCAGCAGCUAACUACACCUGGUUCAAGGAGAACAAAGACUCUCCUAAAUCAGAAGAACAAAUGUUCACCAUCAGUGACAUCACAGCAGAAGAUGGAGGGCUUUACAUCUGUGUGGCUCAGAACAAACUGGGCCAGCAGAACUCCAGUGUUCAAGUGUCUGUUGGAUCAGGUUCAGUGUUGAUGGUCGUCAUACGCUUGAUCAUUUCUGCUCUCCUGACUCUCAUCUUCUUAGUUGUUUUAUUCCUGAAGAUCUUCGGGUGA